AUGAAGAAUGAUGAUGUUAUAUCAUUGGACGAUGAUGAUGAUAAUGAUAAUAUAGAUCUGACAACAACAUCAUCAACGACAUCAUCUUUAAAGACUACAUCGACCUCGUCGACAUCAAACAGAAGUACGAACUACAACAACAACUAUAAUGGCAACAACAGCAACAACAGCAACAGCAGUAGUAGUGUCAAUUACAAUGGCAAUGUCAAUGUCAAUGGUGGCACCAAAGUCAAUCAAUACAAUAGUUUAUCAGAGAUAGAUGACUCGCUGUUUGAUGAAGACAUGGACUUUAGUGGUAUAAAGACAACAUUCGAGAGAGAUGAUACCAUUGGCUCAAAGAAGAGAAAGAAUAGAGCAAAGACUACUGAUGUGUCUGAUCGUUUGUCAGACUCAAGGCCAACAAAGAAGAACACGACCACAACUAUAUCAUCAUCAUCAAGACCCAAACCACCAACCAAACAUAAAGAGGCACCAGAUGGUACAUUGUUAUUAGAGGAUGAUGAUAAUGAUGGUUACCAUGUUGAUGAUGACAACGACAACAACAACAACUACAGCAACAAGGUCAAUCUCGACGACGAUGAUGACCAAAUUGAUGCAGACAAUGAUGAUCCCGACUUCAUCCCAGCGCCGCAACCAAAGAUGACAAAGAGACAGGCUGCGGUCAAGGCCACCGCACCCAAGAGGAAGGACACUCGUGCAGAGGCCAAGCGAUUGAAGGAGGCCAACAGGAAGAAGAGCAAGAAGGAGUCCAUGGGCGAGAUGAAGAUGGUAAUCGACAACAAUCUGUACCAGCGAGCAGAGACUGGCGACCUUAUGUCAAUCGUAGACGGCAAGUCCAAGUGGACUUUUGAUACGAGGAGUGCGGACUUGCCCAUCCAGUACUCGAUCAUCUGGAAACGCGGCCAUGAAGAGCCGUUCAAACAAGAGGACAUCAUCAUUCUCAAGUAUCCAAACGAUGUUUUGUAUGGUUUUGUCGAGUCCAACACGCUCGUGCAGACCAUAUCAAGCAUCGUCGAGGCCAAUCCCAAUAAGCGACUGAUCCUGUUGGUCGAGGGACUGGACAUGCAUCUCAAAUCAGUCUCCCAGCAAAAGGCCAAGACUGUCAAUUCGAUUCUCAAAGGCAAUGGCAACAUUGGAGACAUCAAUCCUCCUGAGGUCAAGAAGUUCUGUUCAAGGCAAGACUUUGACAAGCUCUUUGUUGAGCUACAGUUUAAAUACUCAUUGAUGAUCAGAGUGCUUGGCAGCAGGGAGGAGUGCGCUCUCUAUUUGGUCAAGUUGACAGAGACUAUUAGUCAGAUUCCAUACCGCGAGGACACUUCCAAGUUGUUCCAGGGCUUCUGUUCGGACGCCAUAAAGAAGCGCUCGAAGGACCCCAAUCAAAUAUGGAUCAAUCAGUUAGUGACGAUCAGUGGCGUGUCUCGUGCCAUCGCCAGCACGAUCGUUAUGAAGUACCCGACCAUCCAAUCACUCUACAAAGACUACUUCAAAUCCGACAUGAACGAAAAGAGUCGAAUGAUGAUGCUCAAAGAUCUCAAGCUGGAUUCAAGUCAGAAGCGUCUCGGACCUGUCCUCUCCACCAGGUUGUAUAAUAUCUUCUGCGGUAAUGAUCCAAAUAAAAUUGUUCCAUAA